AUGACAGUCUUUAGAGCGUCAAGAUUUUCGGAUGUAGAAAAGAAUGUCAGAAUAUGGCGAAAUGUUAAGCUCAACAUCGAAUCAUUGGCAUCAGCGCUGUUAGAACUGUUUGCACAAAUCAAAAGCUUGCGCAUUCUGGCCUGCGGCGGUGAUGGUACGGUCGGUUGGAUACUCUCUCAGAUGGACUCUCUCGGCUACAACCCGAUGCCUCCUGUGGCUGUCCUUCCGUUGGGCACGGGCAACGAUUUGGCUCGCACUUUGUGCUGGGGUCCGGUAAGCAGCCAGAAAUUGUCAUCGAAACAGACUAAGCUCGAUCUGGUGUAG